UCAAAUAAAUUAAUAGAAAAAUAAAUAAAUUCUGAGCCUUAAGUACUGAACCAGAAUGUGUUCUUAAUCUAUUACAAAAAUAUAAUGUUGUUAAAUUUAUUUUUUGUGACUUUGAUAUUAUUUUCUUACAUAUCUUUGUAUUGAUUUAAAAUUUUUACAUGUAAAGGCCUCAGAAAUAACCAAAGAUUUUUUUUACCAGAAAGGAAAAACAUUCUCUUUUUAGACUACGUCAUGCUACCUGUACACUGUCUCUAACUGGUCAUUUGGUGCCCCCCUCCCCCCUCCAGACGAUGGCUAUCUCUAUCCUUCUCCAUAAAUAAGGGGUCAUUAUCUCCACCCAACUGUUGGAGUCUGCACUCACUGGAAUAGAGCUGACAUGGCCUCACCUUGGGUAUUCAUGUGCAUUCUCUCUGCUCUUGCUAAAACAGGCUUUUCUCUCGAGUGCAUAAAAUGUAUAGCCCUCGGUGACUCCUCCUGCACAGAGGGGCCAAUAGUAACCUGCCCACAGGGCCACACCUGUACAAGUAUGUACCAGGAAACCAUCAAGGAUGGGAAGACAAGUGAGUUCUUGUACAGAUCUUGUGGCCCGACAUCUCACUGUAAUAAGACGGGAAGUUUCACCAUUGAGAACCAAAGUGCCAGAUUGGGCAUUUCCUGCUGUUAUACUGACAACUGCUAUCCCCCGCUGCCUCAGUUGCAGUCUGCUAGCACCCGAAGAAAUGGCAAAGUGUGCCAGAUGUGUUCUGAUGGCAGUGAAGCAUGUUCGGGAACCGCGACCAUAGACUGUGUCGGAAAUGAAAAUAAAUGCAUUCUCCAGGUCACUAAAACAAUAGCAGGUACAGACAAAAAUGUGGAAUCCUACCGUGGAUGCGGCACAAAAAGCAUCUGUGAGAUUGGGAAUCAGAAUAUAAGUUUUGGAUUCCUGAACAUGGAGUCGACAUUUCCCUGCGGCGGUGGAGCUGUAACCAUGUACAGAGGGCUGGACUUCUCAAUGAUAUCAGCGAUUGUGCUCCUGAUACUCCUGAAGUAAACACAUUGUCAGUACAGAUUAUGAAUACGUUUUCAUCCUCUUCAAGAGUUAUAAACUUUUAGGUGACAACUCCUGUGAGAGAUGUAAGCUUGAGUAUAUCGGUU